CAUUGUUGCAUUGUUGUUGUUCAUCAAUGCAAAAAGUAGCAGCAAUAUCAACCAUGAUAAAUCUUCCCUUCUUACAUUGAAAUCCCAUAUUACCUCAGAUCCAUACAAUGUCCUAAGAAAUAAUUGGACCAUCGAAACCUCUGUUUGCAGUUGGAUUGGGGUCACUUGUGACUCUAGCAACAAUAGGGUGCACAAUCCCGCCAGAAAUUGGAAAUCUUUCUUCUCUUGUGUCUCUAAACAUGAGCGAAAACUUGUUUCACGGCCUUCUUCCAACAUCUAUAUUCAACAUGUCGUCAUUACAAGUCCUUUCCUUUAGGAACAAUAGCCUAUCUGGAAGUCUCCCAAAGGACAUGUGCAGCGGCCACAGUAAUCUUCCUAGAUGGCUCAGAGUAUUGCGUUUAUCUUACAACAAGUUUGAUGGUGAAAUAUCGUCGAGAUUGGGUCAAUGUUCACAUCUUGAAUUGAUCUCCUUGAGUCACAACAAUUUCGUCGGAAACGUGCCCGGUGGAAUCGGAAACCUAUCUUCUCUUGUGGACUUGUUUAUGUUUGAAAACUUACUCCAUGGUCCUGUUCCGACAUCUAUUUUCAACAUCUCGUCAUUACAAGUUGUUUCCUUCUGGAACAAUAGCUUGUCAGGAAACCUGCCAGUGGAUCUGUGCAGCCACAAUAAUCUUCCCGAACUCAGCGAACUUGAUCUAUCUUAUAACAAGUUUGAUGGAGAUAUACCGUCGAGUUUGGGUCAAUGUUUACAGCUUGAAUCGAUCGACUUGUCUGAUAAUGGAUUCGUCGGAAAUGUGCCAGGUGGAAUCGGAAAUCUAUCUUCUCUUCUGAAUCUGUAUAUGAACAACAACUUACUCCGUGGUCCUAUUCCGAUAUCUAUUUUCAACAUCUCGUCAUUAGAAGUUGUUUCCUUCUCUUAUCCGGAAAACCUGCCCCUGGGUAUGUGCGACAACAAUAAUCUUCCCAGACUCAGAGAACUUUAUCUAGAUUAUAACAAGUUUGAUGGAGAAAUACCGUCGAGUUUGGGCCAAUGUUCACAAAUUGAAUGGAUCAGCAUUUCUAAUAACGGAUUCGUCGGAAACAUGCCGAGUGAAAUCGGAAAUCUAUCUUCUCUUGUGAAGAUAUUUAUGUCCAACAACUUACUCCAUGGUUCAAUACCUUAUGCGAUUGGAAAUCUAUCAGAACUCAGUUACCUAGAUCUCCAUUCCAACAAAUUAAGAGGGGAGAUUCCACCAUCCCUCUGCAACUUAAGAUACCUUGAAUAUCUCCAUCUAUCACACAACAGUUUGGAAGGGUCAAUUCCACAUUGUCUCGGAAACUUCAGCAGAGUUUUAUUUCUCUUGCAUCUAAAGGAAAAUCUAUUUCACGGCCUCAUUCCUGCAACAUUUACAAAGGGUUGUCUUCUUGAGUCACUUAACUUAAAUGGUAAUAAACUUGAGGGAGCAUUACCCAAAUCUCUUGUUCAUUGCAGAAAUCUACAAGUUCUUGAUGUGGGAAACAAUGAAAUAGAAGACAUGUUCCCAUGCCAUAUUGCUCGAUUCGAACACGACGACUACAUAUCCCACAACGAGUUCACGGGCAUUUUACCUGCCAGAUACUUGGAGAACUUUGUAUCCAUGAUCAAUGUGAAAGAGAAUAAAGCAGAAGAAAGUAAUUGGUUUUCAUAUUAUGAAGAGUCAAUGGAGUUUGUUUUGAAAGGAGUGGAGCUUCCAAUUGUGAGACUUCUGAUAACAUUUACAACCAUUGACAUGUCCGAUAAUAGAUUUUCUGGGGCUAUUCCGCAGUCCAUAGGAAACCUUAAUUCUCUCAGGUACUUCAAUAUGUCUCGUAACAACAUCACAGGGAAUAUACCAGCAUCUCUCGGAAAUAUGAGUAUACUCGAAUCGUUGGACUUGUCUUCGAACCGACUGGUGGGGGAAAUUCCAUUGCAAUUGACAAAGCUGACGUUUCUUUCCAAAUUGAACCUUUCAUUCAAUAAUCUUGAUGGUCAGAUACCUCAGUCUAGUACCGGUCAAUUUCCAACAUUUGACAACACUUCGUACAUGGGAAACUCGGCAUUAUGCGGAUUACCAUUGACCAAAAAGUGCAACCAGGACAAUGUGUCAAGUUUGGUUCCGGUGUAGCCACAUGGUGAUGAUGACUUCGGUUUUAUCG